UAAAAACUGAAACCACAGCACAGAAAUAAUUUGGAUAACUUAUUAAAAGUGCAUAUUUUUGCAAAAAAAAAUUAACUGCUUGAAUUCCAUUUUAUUACCAUAUUAUUAAGAAUUUAAAGCUUUUUCUUAGAGUCCGUACUAUUAACUUGACACGAAUUAGACUGUCUUUUUUAUAGACUAUAUAUUAGUUUCUUUGAUCACGAAUCUUGUCUUGGAAAAUCGCUUUCGCGCAGCAAGUAUAAAAUGGAAUAGAAAUGCUUUAAAUAUGGGAAAUCAGGAUGAUAAGAGUUUUUCAUUGUUAUGAAUUUCUCUUCUUAAAUAAACUUGACCACGAUCCUGACUUUUGGACUGUAAUAAAAGGAAGUGUUUUAAAAGAAAAUGAUUUUUCUUUGAGGUUUGUUCCAAACGAUCUGUGGUUUGUAGCGGUUACAGUGGCUGAAACAAACGAUCGAUUUCCAUCCUUUAUGAAAAAGAUCCUACAAAAGGAUCAUAAUUAUUCUCCUACAGGUGCAGAUAGUAUUUUGAGUAGAUAUUUACAUUACCAUGACUUUGUUGAAAUGCAUUUGGAUAGUGUAUUUAAAUAUGGAGAGAGCAGUGUUCUUCCAAAAGAACUCUUCCAAUGUCUUAACUUGAAGGCACUUUCUCUGAAAUGCAAUUUCCUGGAGCAGCUCCCUCCUGAUAUUGGGAAACUUCAAAAGCUUGAAUAUUUGGCACUUACCAAUAACAAACUCCAGAACUCAUCCAUACCUUACACCUUAUCAUUUUGUUCUUCGUUGAAGGUAUUGUUACUUGAUAACAAUUUACUUGAUGCCUUGCCAGGAUUUCUUCUUCUCAUUCCAAGUCUGAACACUGUGCAUCGGCAUGGAAAUCAUAAUUAUUUCAAAGCCACUUUUAUGUGGUAUCACACAGAUGUCAAUGAGCGGAUUCUUGCUGUUCCUGGUAGUUCACCUUGUGUUUCAGGAUUGCCGUCCUUAAAGUUGUUGUGCGCAACAGCUAUAAUUGGCGCCAAAAUGAAUUUUUUUGUUAGCACCAUUGUUCCACCCACACUUGCAGAUUAUAUAUGUGAUAUUUAUUUUGAUUUCAAUGUGUGCUACAAAUGUAGAUCUGCCAAUUGGAAGUCAAAGCCAGGUUAUAAAGUGUACACAUUUAAAAACCCUUACCUGGGUAACACUUGUGUGCCUUUCCAACACUGGGCAUGCAGUCUGCAAUGUGCUGAAGAUAUUGAAAUUCCUGCCAGGGCUGAGCAGUUAUUGUCUGCCAUGGAACAGGAUAGACAGUACUACAGACAUGUUAAGGAAGCCCAAGCUUCUACUCUUUAUCAUAACAAAGGACCCUUUGAACAUAUUGCCUGUUGCAUUCUGUGAUCUUUAAGACAUUAACUUGUCUUUCUAUUUUAUGUAAAUUGUCAUGCAUGUGUGGUAGUAUAGUAUAAUUGUGAUCAUAUGGUAGUGUGUAUUUUUGAUGUAAAUGUGAACACAUUCCCCCAUUAUAGAUUUAUAUUAAAUGUCUCUUCAGUGUUCCUAAGUGGAUUUUGUAGUACCUUUUUUUUACAGGUAAGUUUUUUUAAAUGUAUUUAUUUAAAGAUUAUUAUCACUUCUUAAAUUCUUUUAGCCCAUUUGAAAAUUAUUUUAUCCUGUAUUUUAAUAAAUAUUAUUAGGCUGGACUGUCAGAUUUGUUAAUUAAUCUUUAAAUAAUAUGGAUUAAAAUAAAGAAUAAAAAUUAUUUAAAAGAAAUUUAUCUGAAAAAUCCUUACAAAUUGUUUACAUACUUCAUAAUUUGUUUUACUAUUUACAUCCUUUCAUAAUUCACAAGAUUGUAUUUUCAUGAAUAAUUUCUGUGAGUUAUUAAAUAGUUAGUGAAUUUUUCUUUAUAAAAUAAAUAUAUUAUUGAAAUAUUUGAAUCCCAAUUUU